GGAAAAAAAAACCUUUUUUCAAAAGCGGAAAUAGAAAUUUUAUUAACGGGUUCGAUUUGGUUAGGGUUUUUGUCUGGCGCCUGAGCAGUGAGUAGUGAGUCUUUGGUUCUCACUCGACUUCGUUCGCUUCAGAAGCUGUGAUUCGUACUCGCCACCAUGGGGAAAACACGUGGUAUGGGAGCUGCUCGCAAGUUGAAGUCCCACCGAAGAAGGCAGAGGUGGGCUGACAAAGCAUACAAGAAAUCACAUCUUGGAAAUGAAUGGAAAAAACCAUUUGCUGGAUCAUCUCAUGCCAAAGGCAUUGUUCUUGAAAAAAUUGGGAUUGAGGCCAAGCAGCCAAAUUCUGCUAUUAGAAAAUGUGCUCGAGUACAGUUAAUCAAAAAUGGAAAGAAGAUUGCAGCUUUUGUGCCAAAUGAUGGUUGCUUGAACUAUAUCGAAGAAAAUGAUGAAGUGCUGAUUGCUGGUUUUGGUAGAAAAGGGCAUGCCGUCGGAGAUAUUCCUGGAGUUCGAUUUAAGGUUGUGAAGGUAUCUGGGGUGUCUCUUCUUGCCCUCUUUAAAGAGAAGAAGGAGAAGCCUAGGUCUUGAAUUAUUGCUUAUAUUAGUUCCUAUCUUUUUUUAAUUUCAACAUGGUUCUCUUCUCUCUAUCCUUUUGGCCCUAUUUUCUUUCUAGUGCUUUAUGGAACUGGAACCUUACCCAUUUCAAUUUUAUGUGUGGACUUGCAAAAUAUAUGACUAUUUGUUAGUUUAUUGAUUGUUAUGGAAAGAGUAUGGUUUGU